UUACAUGUUUUGAUGCUCAGUUAUCUGGAAGGCGAUUGAUCUUCCUGUAUAUUUGUCCCUACUUCCUCGAUUGCAGAAACAGACCUGACAGCAUGGCGUCCAAGUGUGUUCACAAAGGGUGCGGUAAAGAAUUCACCGAUCCCGAGGAGGAUUGCUUGUACCAUCCUGGCCCUCCCGUUUUCCACGAAGGUCAAAAGGGUUGGAAAUGUUGCAAAACCCGCGUUCUGACGUUUGAGGAAUUCCUGGCCAUCCCACCAUGCACCACCGGCAAGCACUCGACGGUGGACGACACACCUGCCGAGCCAGAGAAGGACUCGAAUGCCUCAUCUAUCCCGGCCAACGCCACCUGCCGUCGCCGAGGAUGUAACAAAGGCUACGACCCGUCUAUUUCGCGCGACGAGGAGAAGUGUGUCUAUCACCCCGGCCAGCCGAUCUUCCAUGAGGGCAGCAAGGGCUGGUCAUGCUGCAAGAGGCGGGUGCUGGAGUUUGACGAGUUCAUGAAGAUCCAAGGGUGCAAGGAGAAGACGAGGCAUCUCUUUGUUGGGAAGGGAAAACCCGCAGGCGAGGAGAAGGUCGAGACGGUGAGGAAUGAUUUCUACCAGACCCCGUCGACGGUCAAUGUCUCGCUAUAUCUCAAGAAGAUUGACAAGGACAACGCCAAAGUCACAUUCUCCUCCACAUCGGUCGAGUUCGAUCUGCCUACAACGGACAACAAGCGGUACAAGGAUACGUACCCUCUGUUUGCGCCGAUUCACCCGGAACAGUCUUCUUUCAAAGUCUUGGGAACGAAGCUGGAGCUCAAACUGGUCAAGGCUGAUAGGACAAGCUGGCCGGUACUACGGAAUGACGACAAGUGGACGGGAGAGAGGAUUCAGGUUGGACAGGCCGGUAGGGCUUAGUUAUAUGAAGUUUUCACUUCGUUUAUAGUUCGACAGCAUUAAGCUUAUGAGAUCAAUGAUAAGGUUCAU